AUGUCUAACCCCACGAAGGUGCUAGCACGUCUCAAAGUCCAAGCCAAUGCAUUCUUUGAGCAAAACCAGUUCGCCGCCGCAUACGAGAAGUACACGCAAGCCAUCCAGCAUGACUCCCAGAACGCGAAUCUGUAUUGCAACCGUGCAGCUUGCGCUUUAAGGCUCACCAUGUACCUUGACGCGUGCGCAACGGAACUCGAUAUUGCCUUCGCAAAAGCACGGGCGCACCAAAUUGCGGCACGCGCCGGAAUAGACAUCAAUGAGGAAAUCGUCAAAACGUGGGAGGGUGGCCUCGACCUUUUGCCCGCGCAAUAUUUGUCACCUGCAGAACAGACUCAGAGGGCACAAUACUUGGCUGAGUUCUCCAUCGCGACCACACGGUUUGUAGAAGCACAAGCAGCUUGCACGCCGAAUCCUGCUCCUGCUCCUGUCACUACCGUCCAGGAAAGCGACAUACCAUGGUCCCGCGCCUACGUGAUCGCCCAGGACUUGAUGCCCAAGAAGAUUUGGAACAGUAGCGCUUGGAUCGUAUUUUGUGCACACUUGGAUUGGAUCCACGGUGUUGAGCUGAUGGACGAGCUCGCAGUAUUGAGUUCGAGUGGACAUCAUCAUCAAGGUGGCCGUCGCGGAGCCAUCGAGCGGCUUAGCAACGGCCUCCUAGCAGACCCUCGCGGGGUCGACAUGAGGGGCCAAAACUUCAUCCAGAUAUUUACCUACCAGUUGAAUUUUGAGAUGGCUAGCACUGGCGCAUGGGCUACCGGAGACCCUAAGCGGGUAAUGGAAGAGGCCCCCAAGCGUCUGGCUCUAAGGGGUUGGGACUCGGUCCGACCUGCGCUUUCUGUCACGGUCCGAGCCUGGAUCAUGCAGGGCUUCUUCAAAGACCAUAUAUCCAACGACUUCGUAACAGCAUUGGACUUCUACAACACCGCGAUCGAGGUGUUACAGUGGGGCACCGCGCUAUGGAGAGACGUGUCAACGGAAUGGAAAGGCGCAAUCUUUCAGGCGAGUUUCCUUCGCGGGGUGAAGUGUCUACGCCUCGAUACCCUCGCCAAGGCACAUAGUAGACAUUGCGAUCCGACCGCGAAGUUUCCCUUGGCGGAAAUUAUCGCCGGAGCUGAAGAUCUCAUCGCUGAGCUAUCCGAGCACCGGACAGAUGAGCCGACAGGCAAGGAAGACUACGGUCAUCACAUGAGUUUCAUUCGGUAUCCACUCGCCCAGGGUUAUUUUCUUCGUGGCUUCUACCAUCAGCACGUUGCAAGGAAUGUCUGUGAAACGCAGGGCCCUGCCUCCGUUGCUCUCCAGCAUCUGAAGACCGCAGCUGCCGCAUACAUCCAGGCCGCCGAGAUCUACCCCAAAGAUGACGAGAAAUACGUCUUAUGCCUGCAUCACGCCCUCGAAACUCUGAUAGAAGGCGGGACCUCAGCAAACGAAGUGCUCAAACUGUUGAAUCAUAUCCACGAAGCGAUCCCGGUAAUACGACGGAUUUGGGAGUUCUCUGACGCUACUGGUGGCCGUGACGUGCCAUUGAAGGCGGAUAUGGAGCUGCGGGAUCGCUUCCUGAUGCAUAUGCCGAAAGGGAGUUCUGCAGAGACUGUGAUCUCACGUGGUAUUCUUCGAAAUACCUUGCUCGGGCUUGGCGGUGCUCGCGACUCUCUCCGGCCGCUUCGGUAGCCCUACGAUAUAAUCGGAUUCGGAUCGACGUAGGACGGUCUUGGUCUAUCAUAUGCUAUACUGCGGAA